GGUCUGGAGCAGCUGAAACCGGUUUGAGCGGAGCCUUUUCCUGCCGCUCGGCGCCGCCGCGGGCCGCCUGGGGGAGCGCUGGCGAGGUGCGGACGGCGGGCACCCGGCAUCUCGGUCCGCGGCCCUCGUUCUGGGGUGCAGCGGCGAAGGCAACGCGGACCCGCGGACCCGGCAGGACAACAUCCUAGAAUAAAUCCAUCAGAAUGACGCCUUCUCAGGUUACCUUUGAAAUAAGAGGAACUCUUUUACCAGGAGAAGUUUUUGCAAUAUGUGGAAGCUGUGAUGCUUUGGGAAACUGGAGUCCUCAAAAUGCUGUGACUCUUCUUCCAGAGAACGAGACAGGUGAAAGCAUGCUAUGGAAAGCAACCAUUGCACUCAGUAGAGGAAUAUCAGUUCAGUAUCGCUACUUCAAAGGGUACUUUUUAGAACCAAAGACUAUCGGUGGUCCAUGUCAAGUCAUAGUUCACAAGUGGGAGACUCAUCUACAACCACGAUCAAUAACCCCUUUAGAUGGUGUUGAAACUCUCGAUUCUGGAUGGCUGACGUGUCAGACUGAAAUAAGAUUACGCUUGCAUUAUUCUGAGAAACCGCCCGUGUCAAUAACCAAGAAAAAAUUUAAAAAAUCUAGAUUUAGGGUAAAGCUGACAUUGGAGGGUCUGGAAGAAGAUGACGAUGAUAGGGUAUCUCCCACUGUUCUUCACAAAAUGUCCAAUAGCCUGGAGAUAUCCUUAAUAAGUGACAAUGAGUUCAAGUGCAGGCAUUCACAGCCGGAGUGUGGUUAUGGCCUACAGCCCGAUCGUUGGACAGAGUACAGCAUACAGACAAUGGAACCAGAUAACCUGGAACUAAUCUUUGAUUUUUUUGAGGAAGAUCUCAGUGAACACGUAGUUCAAGGUGAUACCCUUCCUGGACACGUGGGUACAGCAUGCCUCUUAUCCUCCACCAUUGCUGAGAGUGGGAAGAGUGCUGGAAUUCUUACUCUUCCCAUCAUGAGCAGAAAUUCCAGGAAAACAAUAGGCAAAGUGAGAGUUGACUAUAUAAUCAUUAAGCCAUUACCGGGAUACAAUUGUGACAUGAAAUUUUCAUUUUCCAAGUAUUGGAAGCCAAGAAUACCAUUGGAUGUUGGCCAUCGAGGUGCAGGAAACUCUACAACAACUGCCCAGUCAAAUACUUGCUUCUGUCAGGGUGCAGCCUUUGUAGAAUUUGAUGUACACCUUUCAAAGGACUUUGUGCCUGUGGUAUAUCAUGAUCUCACUUGUUGUCUGAGUAUGAAAAAGAAAUUUGAUGCUGAUCCAGUUGAAUUAUUUGAAAUUCCAGUAAAGGAAUUAACAUUUGACCAACUCCAGUUGUUAAAGUUUUUGUAUUUUAAAAUUUCAGAAUCCAUAGUUGAGGAGGAAAAUUCCCUUUCUGAAAAUCAGCCAUUUCCUUCUCUUAAGAUGGUUUUAGAGUCUUUGCCAGAAGAUGUAGGGUUUAAUAUAGAAAUAAAAUGGAUCUGCCAACAAAGGGAUGGAAUGUGGGAUGGUAACUUAUCAACAUAUUUUGACAUGAAUCUGUUUUUGGAUAUAAUUUUGAAAACUGUUUUAGAAAACUCUGGGAAGAGGAGAAUAGUGUUUUCUUCAUUCGAUGCAGAUAUUUGCACAAUGGUUCGGCAAAAGCAGAACAAAUAUCCCAUAUUAUUUCUGACUCAAGGAAAAUCUGAUAUCUACCCUGAACUUAUGGACCUCAGAUCUCGGACAACCCCCAUUGCAAUGAGCUUUGCCCAGUUUGAAAAUCUACUGGGGAUAAAUGCACAUACUGAAGACUUGCUCAGAAACCCAUCCUAUAUUCAAGAGGCAAAAGCUAAGGGACUAGUAAUAUUCUGCUGGGGUGAUGCUACCAAUGAUCCUGAUAACAGAAGGAAAUUGAAGGAAUUUGGAGUUAAUGGUCUGAUUUAUGAUAGGAUAUAUGAUUGGAUGCCCGAACAGCCAAAUAUAUUCCAAGUGGAGCAGUUGGAACGUCUGAAGCAAGAAUUGCCAGAGCUUAAGAGCUGUUUGUGUCCCACUGUUAGCCGUUUUGUUCCCUCAUCCUUGUGUGGGGAGUCUGAUAUCCACGUGGAUGCCAACGGCAUUGAUGACGUGGAGAAUGCUUAGUUUUUAUUGCACAAAAGCCAUUUUGGGGGCAUGCACCGCUGUUCUGGGUAUUCAUUUUUCAUCAUUGAGCAUUGUACAUCUAUGCCUUUUGGGCUUCUCAGUUCAAUGAAGCAAUAAUGAAGUAUUUUACUCUUUCACUACAGUUCUUGCAAGAAUUUCAAGUAUGCUAUUUAAAUCACUUGGCCAGGUAUAAUUACCAGUCAAUGUCUUUACAGUGAGACAAUUUAUUGGUUAGUAAAUAUUUUAAACUAAAUAUGUAAAUCUAUAAUGUUAAAUGUUCAUUAAAAGCAUAGCACUUUGAAAUUAACUAUAUAAAUAGCUCAUAUUUACACUUCUUAAGCUUUUCAUUUGAUCAGGUCUGAAAUCUUUAGCACUCGAGGAAAAUGACUAUGCAUAAUUAUACCUGACCAUGGAAAAAAUAAGUACCUCAAAUGCAUGCAUUUGCACUGGUGAUUCCAACUGCACAAAUCUUUGUGCCAUCUGUGUAUAUAGGUAUUUUUUACAUGGACUGAGAUGCACAUACACCAUUUUCAUUCAGUAUGAACCUUGGGGCUGCUGCCAUUUUUCCACUUGACCAAACCAGCCUGAAGGUGAACCUUAAACUUAUUUCCUAAAUCUUUCAGAAGCUGUUUUACAUAAAUGUUAAAAUUUCAAAAUGCUGCAGGGUAAUUUAAUGUGUUAAAUAUUAGUAAGAAGUAUGUAUCGUAUACUUAGCAGAGUAGAUCACAAUGUAUAAAUUCGAUUCAGUGCAUGCGUUAGGUUUUAAGCAUGAGAUUGUACACGUUUACUGUUAAGUCCUUGCAUCUGUGGUGCUAGGUGAGUGUGAGAAGAUGUCAAGGACUGGAAAUACUUUGUUGCCUAAAAAAAAACCUGUUUAUAGGCGUUUAAAUAUGCUUAUUUUAAGUGUCUCUCACUACCUAUUACGCACCGUUGCUUUGCGGGUUUGUUUUGUAUGUGUUGUACAGUAGUUAAAUCUCCAUGCAGAAAAAUAAAUGUCCUGAAUUCUCAUAUUGGUAUCUUUAUUGGUUAAUGUAUAUCAUGCAUGUAAUUUGUUUAGAAACGUAGAACUUACUAAAUGUAUAUGCAUGUUUUUAGGAUUAAACUAAGGUUUCUUUCAUUAGAAGCAGAUUGUGUUGACAUAACUGUAACUUAAGGAUGAAUGUUAAAUAAAAUGAUACGGAUUUAUUUUCUUCAUUAUAAAAUGAAA